GCGUGUGAGGGCGGCAGUCUGCCAGUGCUCCUGCCUCGGGGAGGCUCCCUCUCUCUCCUCCUCUUCACGUUGUUACUAUUAUUUUAAAGUCAGCAUCGCCCUAUUGCAAAGGGGAUACUUGAUCCGGAAAGGGGGAAAUAAUAAAAAUAGGAAGACAUGCCGGAGGUCAUCACGGUGCAGGAAUUUAUCAGCGAGACCUUGGAGGACCACAGCUCGCCGACGACCUCCUCGUUUACCACCAAAAUGGGGAACUGCAGGAACGCGGUGACUGCCUUGGAGGAGACUUUAGACAAGGACAGGUCUGUACUCCAGAAAAUGAAGAAGGCAGUCAAAAUGAGAUAUACCUCAGGUCAAGAAGGCCUUUCCUUUCAAGAAACAUUUGUUAAUGAGCUGGACAAACUUGUAGCUAAUUUCCAAAGUAAUGAGGAGUUGGUCCUGGCUGAAGCUUUCAGUAAAUUUGCAGAGUACUCUCGAGAGCUGCUGACACCGAUGAGGAACCUGUUGCAGAGUGCGAAUCAUAUUGUAUUUUUCCUGAACUCUCUACUGAGAGGAGAACUGAAAGGAGUCAAAGGGGAUAUAAAGAAACCCUUUGACAAAGCUUGGAAAGAUUAUGAAGGCAAAUUUACUAAAAUUGAAAAAGAGAAGAGAGAACUUGCAAAGCAGUAUGGAAUGGUACGAGUUGAAGUAACUGGAGGUGAAAUAGCAGAGGAAAUGGAAAAAGAGCGGAGGAUGUUUCAGCUACAGAUGUGUGAGUAUCUAAUAAAAGUGAAUGAGAUAAAGACGAAGAAAGGCGUGGACUUACUGCAGAACUUCACCAACUAUUGCCAUGCACAGUUCAUUUUCUUUCAAGAAGGCUUGAAAACAGCUGAAAAGAUCAGGCAUUACAUUGAAUUGAUUGCCGCAGAUUUACAGAAUAUUAAACAGAACCAGGAAGAGGAAAAGAAGCAGCUGUGUAGUCUUCGAGAUCAGCUCAAGCCGUCUCUGCAGUUAGACCAGAAGGAGGAUUCUGUGAACCGCCAGUCUGUUUAUAGUAUGCACCAACUUCAGGGCAAUAAGCAAUUCGGUACCGAAAAAGUAGGAAUCCUGUACAAGAAAAGUGAUGGGCUAAGAAAAGUUUGGCAGAAGAGGAAAUGCAUCAUCAAGAACUGUUACCUCACCAUAUCGCAUGGAACACCAAAUCGACAGCCAGCGAAGCUCAACCUCCUGACAUGUCAAGUGAAGCCGAGUUUAGAAGAUAAAAAAUGUUUUGACCUCAUUUCACAUAACCGCACUUAUCAUUUCCUGACAGAUGAUGAGCUGGACUGUAUGGCGUGGAUUUCUGUUUUAACGAACUGCAAGCAAGAAGCUCUAAAUAUGGCUUUCCAUGAAGAGCACAAUAGUGCGGAGAGUAGUAUUGAAGACCUAACCAAAGCCAUCAUUGAAGAUAUCCAGCAUAUGCCUGGGAAUAGCGAGUGCUGUGAUUGUGGAGCACUAGAUCCAACUUGGCUUUCUACCAAUCUCGGAAUCCUGAUUUGUAUAGAAUGUUCUGGAAUUCAUCGGGAGAUGGGUGUGCAUUACUCUCGAAUACAAUCUCUCUCACUGGACAAGCUAGGAACCUCGGAACUCCUGUUGGCCAAGAAUGUCGGAAAUACAAAGUUUAAUGAACUUUUGGAGGCCAGUCUUCCAAGUUUAUCACUAAAGCCAAGUACAGACGGUCCCAUGACAAUACGAAAAGAUUACAUUGUUUCAAAGUAUGUAGAGCGUCAAUAUGUGAAACAGAGCACUGGCACCCCUGUGACAAAGCUGAAUAAUUUGUACGUUGCUGUGAAAGGCAAGGAUAUAUUUGCACUGAUACAGGCCUAUGCAGAAAAAGUCAACCUCAGUGAAUCACUGCCAUUGUUUGAUCAGGAACCUGGAGAGACCGCCCUUCAUCUCGCUAUACUGCAUGCGGAUCGCACCUCCCUGCAUAUUGUGGACUUUCUUAUUCAAAACUGUGGGAACCUCAGCAAGCAGACGGUGAAAGGAAAUACAGCCAUUCAUUAUUCCUGCCAACUCAAUAAAACAGAAUGCCUCAAACUCCUUCUGAAAGCCAAGGCCAACACCACUAUUUCAAAUGAAAAUGGAGACACUGCAAUGGACAUUGCUCGAAGACUGAAGCACCAACACUGUGAAGAGUUGUUGACACAGGCAAAAUUAAACCAAUUUAAUCUCCAUACUAACGUGGAAUAUGAGUGGCGACUGGGAGCGGAAGAUAUAUUUGAGAGUGAUGACGAUCUAGAUGAAAAGCAGGGACCUUUUAAGAAAGAACGCACUCCUAGGCCAUAUAGCUGUUUCCAGCCUGCCAGCACUUCCCCUCGGAGCCUGGAAAAGCCUAAUAUGGCGGCCACCAGUCGGGACUCAACCUACCUGCCACGAAGGACCAGUCAGCCGCGCACUAUGGAAUUGCAGCUUCCCUCUCCUUCAUCAGAGUGUCCACCUAUUCCUCCCAGAAUCCCCAUCAGAGCUCCAAGUGUUCCACCGCCUCCACCCCCACCGUUUGCUCCUGCAACAGCAGCUUUUAUCUCUGAAAGACCAUCAAUGAAGAAGCGGCCACCCCUACCUCCACUUGUAAUGAAGCAUAAACGCACCCUAUCCGAACCUACACCAGCUAUGCCUCCUAGCCCACGAAGUCGCAAGCAGCCCUUAUCUGAUUCUACUCCGCCACCUAGUCCAUCUGCUACUAUGGUGGAUAGAUUUUCACCAAAAUCAAGUAUUGGUUCUCCAAAACUCUCACCUGGUCUUCAUUCUCUCCCAGAGUUACCAGAGACAGCUGUUCCAAAGACAUCAGAACAAAUCUACUCCAUACCCAAAAAAUCCACAAAUACUUCAGACGUCAGUCAGAAGUCACCAUGGUCCACUGGUUCACCAUUAAGACCUCCACUCGCAGAACAAAACAAUGAUACUUACGCCGUGCCAGGAAACCCAGUACCACUCCCUCGUAAAGCAAAUGUGACAAAACCUAGAAUCCGUAAAGGAAAAGCCAUUUACAACUGCACAGCUGAUCAUGCUGACGAACUUACAUUCGAGGAGGGAGAGGUGAUUGUAGUUACUGCAGAGGAAGAUAAGGAGUGGUGGCAUGGAUACAUAGAUGGACAGCCACACAGGAGAGGUCUCUUCCCAGCAUCUUUUAUCCAGUUGCAAGCCAGCUAACAACUACCAUCCCUCAGACAGGGAUGUUAAAGAUGUGUGAUAAGGUCAAUGUUAUUCGCUUCUCCCAAAGUAUUUUCUCCUUGAGAAUUUGAAGCGUUUAUCGAUUUAAUGGAACAGCAUUCUUCGCCUGGAAACCGUCUUUUGACACCAUGAAGUGUGAGCCAGCAGCCCUUCCUGUGGGAAAAAGUUAUAAUGGUUUAUUGGGCAGUUUGCUGAAAGCUUAACAUGUGGGUCACCUUCAGGAAAGAUCCAAUUUGCUGCUUUAAGGCAGGUGCUUGUUUACUUAGUGUGACAAGAAAUGUGCGUCUUACUGUAACUUGCUAUUACUUGUUGAUAUACUGUAUGAAAAAUAUUGUUUCAAACCAGUGAAGUAAUUCAGUAAUGUGUUUGAGGAUUCAGAAUAGUCAUCAAACAGCAUUAUUGUAAAUUAGCCAAAUAUAUAUGGGAAGAAGCCUAUUCUUGUUAGAAAUGAUUGUGUGAAAAAGUGGUCAAAGACUGACGGGUGUCACGACAACAGGAGCAACUCUUAUCCUGUCACUAAUCCCCAUUUUGGAAUGUCACUUAUAAGCAAACAAUUGUGACAAUCUAUACUGGCAAGAAGCCACUUGUGUGGCAGGGAACAAAGAAUGUGAGGAAAACUAUUAAAAAGUAUGUGGAAUUUCAGUUUUUUUAAUAUUAGAAAGUACUUUUUUAUAAGUUUCAUGUACAUGUUAAAUAUUUUAACAAGAAAAUCAAUUCUUAAGGCAUUCUUUAAAAAUAUGGUAGACUUUAAAUUAUCAAAGCCUGAUUAAGCUUGUGUUAAUGUGCAAUAAGUGUGCAUGUAUGAAUGACUGAAGUUCAUGAUAUGGAUUAGGAUUGAAAUUAAAAAAUAUAUUUCAUUGUAAUCUCUGCCCAUCCAACUAAAUGGUACCAAGAAGGAGAAAGGGGUAGGAGUGGAUAUCCAAUCUAAUCCUAGUCUAAAACAAGGAAAUGCUGCCCAGAUUUUUCUGGGUGGAUUUGUGUAAGUGACCUUUCUUGGUGGGGUAUGAAUUACUUUUCCAUCUGAAAUAGGUAUUUGAAUCUCUUGAAGAGAUAUCAGAAAUUGUAUACAAAAGUUAUGAGGGCUAUAGAUGGGGUAGAUUCAAGCAGGCAUUUUCCACUGAGGUUAAGUGGACUACAACAGAAGUCAUGGGUUAGGGGUGAAAGGUGAAAUGUUUAAGGAGAACCUGAGGGGGAACAUCUUGGCUCAGAGGACGAUGAGAGUGUGGAACAAGCUGCCAGCAGAAGUCAUGGAUACGGGUUCAAUUUCAACAUGUAAGAGACAUUUGGAUAAGUACAUGGAUAGGAAGGGCAUAGAGGGUUAUGAUCCAGGUGCAGGUUCAUGGGACUAGCAGAUUAAUAUUUCAGCAUGGACAAGGUGGGCUGAAGGGCCUGUUUCUGCCUUGUACUGCUCUAUGGUUCUAUGUCUCUAAAUUCAGCAACACCAUCUAGAACUCCAGCAAAGCAGUUGUAACAGCUACUCAGGCAAGCUAAUACUACUUAGAAACUUAGCAAGGAGGAGGGGGGAGAAGGUCGAUCCUGUGUGAUGCGCUCUCUAAUCCAAUAACAAAUCAACACCACUUAGAGACUAAGCAAGACGAGCGGGGGGAGGAGUUGAUCCUGAAUGACACGAUGUCCAAUCCAAUAACAAGGUUACAAAGUCGAAGAAUACAUUCAAUCUUUUAUUAAAAAACCAGCAAAACAAUGUUGAAGCGAUUAAAAGCUAAUGAAAUUAAAAUUAGCAAUAUAACCAAAUAAACAGUCUUGGCAUAUUACAAGUACUUAAACUAUUCUCAACAUAAUAGAGCGAAACUUAAGCAGUCAACAAAACAUGAACUUAAACUAUUCUCAACAUAAUAGAGCAAACUUAAGCAGUCAACAAAAAAGGUAUUACACCCUAACUAGAUGGAUCCCCAAAGACAAAACAUGAAUACGUAACUAAGCUCUUUGCUUCUACCGCAUCCCAACCCACGUGACAAACUGCUCAUAAUAAAAGUGUGAGACAAACUAUAACACAGAUAGAAAAUAGAUACAUGGCUCCUACAGCAACGAUGAGAGUGAUUUGUACAUUAUUUCACUUGUGUAAAACACACUACUGUGUGUGUAGUUGGACAGUGAAUGGAUAUUUAUAAAGUGAACAUCCCACACCUUAUUGGCUCUUUAUUAGACUUCUGAAUGAAAAUAGGAACUUGAGUUAGGAUUUGUUGUGGUAGUUAAUGAGUUUAAUCCUAUGCCACUCAAUUGGCCACGCCCACAUGGGAGGAAUUCACAUAAUGUACAAGCAGAGUUAUCAGUAAAGUUUGGUUGGAUACCCUGCAUGCUGCCAUACUGGUGUGCUCUGCGCUCCCCCUCAUACUGGAGCAGUACCAAAUGCCCUGGAGCAAUCUAGAACUAUGAAACUGUUGUGUUUUUUUUUGGUUUUUUUAUUCCGUUUUGAUGAAUCCAGGUGCUCCAAAAGAUUCUGAUUGCUAUCUCUGCGAAGUCUAUUGAAUACUUUCUUAUCUGUUUUUCAGACCAUAUGAUAAUAAAACACAGGAGUAGAAUUAGGCCGUUUGGCCCAUCAAGUCUGCUCCGCCACUCCAUCAUGGUUGUUUUUCCUUUCAACCCCAUUCGCCUGCCUUCUCUCCAUAACCUUUGAUGCCCUGCCUAACCAAGAACCUAUCAAUCUCUGCUUUAAAUAUACACAAUGAUUUGCCUUCCACAGCAGUCUGUGGCAAUGAAUUCCACAGUUUCACCACUUUCUGGUUAAAGAAAUUCCUCCUCAUCUCUGUUCUAAAAGGAUGUCCUUCCACUCUGUAGUUAUGUCCUGUGGGCCUAGACUCCCCUACUAUUGGAAACAUACUCUCCACAUCGACUCUAUCUAGGCCUUACAAUAUUCAAUGGGCUUCAUUAUUUUAAACUCCAGCAAAUACAGGCAUAGUUCCAUCAAACACUCCUCAUAUAUUGACCCUUUAAUUUCCGAGAUUAAAUCCUAGUAUUUUAAAGGUGAUCCCACCUUAGUUAUCAUUAUCAGUAAAUUGAAAGCUCACUGAAUGACUUGAUCAUUGCAUCCAGCUUUCCAGUCUUGUUAUUCUUCAGCUUCCCAGGGUUGCACGUUAAGGGUGCACUCCUCUGGAAACAAGCACCAUGUUACCAACUGGGGCAUGAAUGGAAUUAAUUUACAAGGUUUAGGAGUUUGAGAUUCAGCAUAGUAAUAGGUCCUUCUGGCCUAACAAGUCAGCGCUGCCCAAUUCCACCCGUGUGUCUAAUUAACCUACGUGUUGGAUUGUGGGAGGUAACCAGAAUGGUAUUUAUUGUUGUUAAUAAAUUGGUAUAAGAAGGGUAAAGCACAUUGCUUCAGCCUCUUCUUUGCCUUUGCUUUCUUUUACCACUCGGCUCUCCUUUCCUAAUCCCUUUGGAGAUCUGCGUGGCCACAGAGAAUGCACAGCCUCCGUACAGACAGUGACAAAAAUUGGUCCAGGAUCACUGGCGCUCUAAUAGUGUUACACUAACCAUGCCAGCCCCAAAGUGCUUUACACAAACCCCAAAACAAAAU